CAGGCUGCAGCUGAGGAGGAUGCUAUGGCGGCUCCCACCCGGUUUCGGACAGGCAUGAAGAGCAGAGGCGCGGGCCAAGCAAGUGACAGAAGGGAGACACGCGGACAGCGGGACGGGGAUUCGUUGGUCCUUACACUUGGGCCGAUUGUUCAAGCGUGGAGGGGACACUGAACAUUCGGGCUUUUAAUGGCACGCGGGGCUGCGAAAGGCAAGCCAAGCUCCAGUGCCGUCUGCGUUGCCCUCCUCAGAUCGAGACCACCGAUGCAAGGGAACGCCCCCGAAGGUGCGGGUGCUGUGCACGUGCCUUUUGGAUAUGUCGUAGCCAGUGAGAAAUGGCGGGGGUCGCAGCUGGCGCAGGAGAUACAAGGGAAAAUUAAGCUCGUGUUUGAGGAUGGCGUGGCGCCGGUAGAUUUUUACCUCUCUAACAGAGCUGGCAUCCUUUAUAUCACCGAAGCUGAUUUGGUGGCAGGAAACAGCUACAGAAAGAGGCUUGUUCGGGUUAGAAACUCCAGUAACCUAAAAGGGAUUGUGAUAGUUGAGAAGACACCGAUGAGUGAACAAUACUUCCCGGCCGUACAGAAGUUCACGGUGCUGGACCUUGGGAUGGUGUUGCUCCCGGUGGCCAGCCAGCUGGAAGCCUCCUGCCUCAUUGUCCAGUUAGUUCAAGAGCAAGCCAAGGAGCCUAAUAAGAACCCUUUCCUCAGAAAGAAACGGACUCUGCUGUCUGAGCCCUACCUCCUUCGAACUGUGCAACAGAUCCCAGGAGUUGGAAAAGUUAAAGCUUCCCUGCUGCUCCAGAAGUUCCCCACUCUCCAACAGCUGGGUAAUGCUUCCAUCCCAGAACUGGAGCCGGUCGUUGGACAGGCAGUGGCACAGCAAAUCCAUGCCUUCUUCACACAGGCCAGGUGAAGAAUGGCCAUGUUUUCCCCUUCAGAUCACAAGCUAUAGCAUUGCAUGUGUGAGAGGAGUGGCAGGUGCCAUGGCAUUGCAGGUUAAGCCUCCAUUUGGGAAGGCAACAUCUUACAUCAGAAUUGUUUGUGUGCUGGUUGCUCCGUGCUGAUGUGCCCGGGAUGCAUCAGAGGAUGGCCCCAACUACUUGGAUGCUUGCCACCCGUAAGGAAGACCCAUAUGGAGGUUCCUGUCUCUUGGCUUUAACACAGCCCUACCCAGCAAGAUCUCUUUGUCUCUCUCUGAGGUUUUCAAAGAA